CGUCGGGGGGGGGGGGGGGCAGCCGUGCGUGGUGUGGCGUCGCUCUCGGCCUCGGUGUGUGCGCGUCUCCGGGCCCGCUGCCUCUCCCCCGGGCCAUGUCGGUCAACUACGCGGCGGGGCUGUCCCACUACGAGCACAAGGGGAAGUGCGGCCUGCCCGAGAAUUUUGACCCUCCUGAGGAACUAGAGAGGAAGGUGUUGGAACUGGCUGAUCUAGUACGUAAUGCCUCGUAUUUGGUGGUGCACACUGGAGCUGGGAUCAGCACGUCGUCAGGAAUUCCUGACUUCAGAGGACCACGUGGCGUUUGGACGAUGGAGGAACAGGGCCUGGAGCCCAAGUUUGACACCACCUUUGAAGAAGCCAAGCCUUCCAAGACUCAUAUGGCACUGGUGGCACUUCAGAGGGUUGGCAUUGUGAAGUACGUGAUCAGUCAGAACGUGGAUGGGCUUCAUGUACGGUCAGGUUUUCCCAGGGACAAGCUUUCAGAGCUGCACGGCAAUAUGUUUGUGGAAGAAUGCACCAAAUGCGGCAAACAGUAUAUUCGAGAUUCAGUAGUCGGCACCAUGGGACUGAAAGCAACUGGCCGACUGUGUGAUGUUAAAAAGGCCAGAGGUCUUCGAGCGUGCAGAGGAAAACUGCGAGAUACCAUUUUGGACUGGGAAGACUCAUUACCUGAGCGGGACCUCAGUUUGGCAGAUGAAGCCUGCAAGAAGUCUGAUGUGGCCAUUACAUUGGGGAGCUCUCUUCAAAUCAAACCAAGCGGCAAUCUGCCCUUUAGUACGAAAAAGAAAGGAGGAAAGUUGGUUAUUGUUAACCUUCAAGCCACCAAGUUGGACAGAUAUUCAGACCUUCGGAUAUUUGGUUAUGUUGAUGAAGUUGUUACCAAAUUAAUGAAACACCUUGGUAUUGAAAUCCCUGAAUGGGAAGGGCCCCAGGUGGUGGAGACAGCGGAGCCAAUUAAGCAGGAAAUAGGGAACCACCUUUCAGUGAAGGAAGAUCUGGACAAUAAACCCAAAAUCGAGGUCAAGCAGCAAAAUAGAGACACUGAAGAAGAGGGGACAAGUGGCCUGGAAUCUCUGGUGUCACUCUCCUCAAAAUCCAAUGGCUGCUUCAAACAAGAUUGCCAAGAUGUGGACUCUAGUACUUUUGAGACUAAGCGCAUCAAGCUCGAGCCAGUCAUGGUCUGACACAUCCCCAUCUGCAAUACUUCGGGACAAUUUUCCCCCUGCAAGCAUUAUCGCUCAGUUGUGACUAUAUAUUUAAGUAUUUUAAUUUCUUUAUAAACUGGAUCUUGAAUCCAAACUGCAACAAAUCUGACUGUUUGUCUUUGUGUAAGCAUGUAUUUUUCUUUACAAUGGUAUAAUUUGAACCCUAAGGUCAAAGGUCCUGUUUAAUUGUAACUCUGAAGAAAGCUACUCCAGAAAUCCACAUUAUGAAGAGACAUCAACCAAUCCAGUAUACUGUAAAAUGAAAGCAGCAGGGGCAAAUCUUUCUCCCUUCAUUUCUUACUGUGUAGAGGAUAAGAUGAGUUAAAGGGCUUGUGCUGUGCUGUACAGCUUGAUGGCUCUCAGGUGGAUUUGAAAUUUUUCAUGCACAUGUUUAAUAUCUUUUUCUCUAUGUAAAAUCAUUGCUUUACUCAGUGCAUCAAGCAAUGUAUGUCAUAAAUUUAUAAUGCUGUGUAGAUAAGUGGAGGAGUUUUGUGAAUCUGAAAUACAUUUUUUACUUAUUCAUAGAAUGCUGGCGAGGCUGGUUUCUAACAUUUGUCGGAUUUUUUUUCAUUAGGAUGACAUUGCUGAAAAUAAAGAUCACAAGGGGUAUUGGUGACCUUUGUAAUUUCCAGUGCCUCAAAUGUUCAGCCGGUUGCCUGUAGAUCAUUGAAGUCGAUUAUGGUCUUGCAGAUGUAAUUGUUUUGCCUAAUAUCUGACGAUUAUGCCAUCAAGCGUAAUCUGGAGACUUUGCCUUCCAUCAUGUGGUUCUCCUCCACAGCUGGAAUUUGAACUGGUAAUUAUAUGUUCCAAUAGUUAACUUGCUAUGAUUGAUGAACAGUAAUGCUGUAUUUGCAUUUACGUAGUAGCUAAAGAUGUCAGAGUGUCUCAAAGGGUUUCUCACAUUGGAGUGCAGCUAUUAUUAUGCAGACAAAAUUUAACGUUGAUUGCUUAGCCAAAAAAAUUAAAUAUCGCAAUGCCAAAGCAUUGAAUUGUAAGCAAAUUUUAAAUCUGCAAUUCAGAUGAACAAACCAAAUCUAAUGAAGCUUAUUAGCUCUAUAUUGUAUUUGCAUUAUUUGAAUUGCAUGUAAUUACUGUUUUUACAUGUUUGAUAGGGCCCUCACGAUAUGUUAACUAGCACUCAUGGCAUCAUGUUUAUUCCAAUCGCAGCAUUGUUGCCUCUGAAUUGGAUGCUGUUGGUUUCAAGUCCCAUGCCAUCAAUGUGGAAGAUGUGGUACCAGCAGAGUGAGUGCAAAUGAGAUUCACCACGAUGUUGCCUGGAGCAGAGGGCUGUAGCUGUACGGAGAGAUUGGAUGGGCUGGGUUUCGUCUCACUGGAACAUAGGAGGCUGAGGGGUGACCUUGUAGAGGUUUAUAAAAAUAUGAGGGGCAUAGGAUAGGUAGAGGCUUUUUCCCAGGGCAGGGAGUCUAGAACUGGAGAGCACUGGUUUAAGGUGAGAGAGGAGAAAUUUAAAGGAGAUCUGAGGGGUAGAUUUUCCACACAGGGUAGUGGGUAUAUGGAAUGAGCUACCAGAGGUGGUAGAGACAGACACAAUUACAAUUUUUAUAAGUCAUUUGGACAGGUACUUGGCAUUCCACUGUUGCUGGAGUUGUCACCUUUAGAAUUAGGUUUUAGUCCAAGCCUCUUGGCUGAAUGUAUUUUAAAGAACAGGGGAAGUCUCCCUUGUGUCUUGCUGAUAUUUAUCUCUUAGCCAGCUUUACUAAAAUACAAAUUAUGUGCACAAGUUUCACAUUGCUGUUUGUGGGAGUUUGCUGUGAACAAAUUGUCCAUUAAAUUUCUUAUAAAAUCUCAAUGACUACACUUUACAUGUACCUCAUUGGCUAUAAAAUACUUUCAGACAUCCAGAGGCUAUGGAAAGGUGUUUUAUAAAGACAUUCUUUUUCUCUUGAGAAAUCACAGCAAUGCUUAGCAUAAAUCUAAAUAUUUUCAGAUAAAAUCUGUACACUUUAAAAACAAAAUGUACCAGAUAGAAUUAUUGUAUACAGCCCACAAGCAAUUAGUAUUUAUAUUCCACACUCCUGCCACUCCAUUUGCCUCAUUUCAGCCUUUCAAUAUACCGAUUCCUUUUGAAAGCAUCUAAACUUUGCCUUGAGCAUUUACAGUGGCAGUAUACUUCCAAUUUUAUCAUCUGUGAGUGAAGGACGCUCUCCAUCUACCUCCCCAUUGGACUUAUUACCAACUGUCUUGUUACUCUGACAAGGUUCUCCCACAAAUGGAAACAUUCCUUGUAAUGAGAGUGUUGCAGAGCUUUCUCUCUGAAUCAUGGGUCUCCUUAUUGCAAAAAGUUGAGCUACUCUCUCUGAAAUUCUUUGAUACAGUGCUCAUAGUUUAGUGAGAUGUUCAUUGAUGCUUUAACUUGAACUUGAGGGUAGCACAACCAUUGCCCAUUAUACUGAAGGAUUGUUUUUAACUAACAGGACUGUGGCCACUACUGGCUGUAUACAGGGCAAAUGUGAAUUCACUGUGAACUUACGACAAUGCAUAUCAAGUCCAAACAUUACCCUUACCUUCGCUUCAUUGAUGCUCCCUUAACUGCUCAAUGUUUUCAACAUUUUGUCAUCUCACAUUUGCAACAACAGCAGUGUUUGCAUUUGCUGCUUUGUUUUUCAAUUUUUCAUUGAUAGGACUCCAAUCUCAGAGGUGGUGGGUUCUGAAAUAUCACAUGAUGCCAUUGCUACAGAUUGUUUUGCUUCCUAUAAGUAUCUAGGCACUGAUGUAUAUUUUCUUUAAUACUAUAUGCUGUUUAAAGUACAUGAUUGAUACCUUAUAAGCACUGUUUGAAAUGUAAUGCUUUGAGUUUCCUGGUGAUGGGUGAUUGGAUGCUCAGUCAAAGUUCAGGAGACAGAUGGAGGGUGUCCUGCAUUGUCCAAGGUUUUGUCUUUGUGGAGUGUUGUGUACUCUGAAACUUCUCAUCAUCUAAAAUUUGGAUCAUUAUUUUCUGCCAAUUUCCAUAAAGUGCAGAGUUACAGAUUGUAGUAAUUAUCCAAUACUAAUGGGUUUAUCCAAGAGGCCCAGUCCAAGCCGGUGAAAUUCAGUUGCAAUCACCCAAAAAGAAGAGAUGUUCUGGGUGAAAACACUGCGAUGCACAAGCCAAAAAUGGCCCAAUCACUGCAAGUCAGAUCUUUCAUUGGUGUGAUUUCCAGAAAAGGAGAUUUAGAUUUGGUCUAUGCCAAUUUAAAACUAUUUUAUGAAUAUAUAAAAUUAUGCUUUUCUUAAUUCUGACUUAAAAUACAAUGUGUUUGGUUCUGUAAGUAAAGCAUUGCAUAAUAAAGUUAAACUCAUAACUGGAAAUGUACUGUUUGUCUUAACAAGGUGGUCCUAAGAAUUUCGGAGCAAUUUUGGGACCAACGUAGCAAUGGAACUGUGUUUACAGUAGAGAUAUUGAAAUAUGUUGUGCCAUAACUUCACAAAAACAUUAAUAACUCAUAGCAGCCACAAGUGAAGUCACAUCACUGGGCUUUUGGCUCCCUCUUUUGCUGCAGAUCUAUCAGUGGAAAUUCCCCGUGAGUGGGUGCACAGUGGUGCAGCUAGUAAAGCUGCUGCUUCAUAGCUUAAGUGACCCAGGUUCAAUCCUGACUCUGGUGCUGUCUGUGUGGAGUUUACACUUUCUGCCUGUGUGGGUUUCCCCUGGGUGCUCCGGUUCCUUCCCAUGUCCCAAUGGCGUGCAGAUUGGGGAGCUAAUUAACCCCAAACUAAGGCAUCCAUGGAUUCAACCUUUUCUCAAAUGCAAAGAAACAAAUCAGCAGACACCUGAAGGCAGAGGUUCAGGAGAAAACCCAGGACCUAAAGGUACAUGAAGAGAAUGCAGGAGGCUGGGAACUUUGCCACAACUAUGGCAUGUUCCGGUUCUCCAAUGGUGUAUAACCCGUCUAAGGCCCCAAAGCCAAAGAGGGAACAUAGAUGAUACCACACAACCAAGAGGGUCUUAGAGAUAUUUGUCAUCUGCUCACUGGAGAGCAGGAGAUUUCUAAUUUGCAUUCAGGAGAACCUUUUUUAGCCGGUGUGUAGCAAAUAUUCUGGAUUUAGUUCGAACUAACAAAGCUGGUCAGUUGGAAGGAGUAUCUGUGGGAAGCUCUUUUGUAGUAAUUCAGUAAUAUUUAGUAUGAUGGAAGAGAAAGCAGAUAAAAUAGGAGCCAAGGUUCUAAAUUGGGUAAGGCCAAUUAUACUAAGGUGAGAAGAGAUUUAUUUAAAGUGGAUCAAAAACUAUCAAUGUAGUGGGAGACAUUUCAAGGUGUUCCCACUGUAUGGUUAUAUUUUUAAGGUACUCAGGAUGUCGACACAAUUGGUGUAAAUGUGUUGUAACAGAAUAUCCCUGACCUAUUAAACCAAGUCAGAACCCAUUUUGUGUAAUUGAACUAGCAAGCUUGAUAGUACAGAUAAAAGAUUGUAGCAAUAGUCCAUGGCAAUUAGACUAUAGGUAACCAUAACAAUAUGUCAAACAAGACGAUACUUAUGUAGAUAUAUAAGAAAUAUAUAAUUGACCUUUUGGAUCCAAUGGGCAGGCUAUGGAAUCUUCCCAGGAUGGAAAAGGGCCCACAGGCUUGUUCCUGUAGCAAUUCAUAUCUGCAGGUUUUCAGGGAGAUGUAAAAGGUUUGUGAGCACCAGUGGUCAGUAGAGGAAGUGUGACUGCUAAUGCUGAAUUCAAACGACUUGUGCUGGAAUGUGACUGGUUGCUUGAAUCAAUGGAAUGUUUUCAUAUGAUUGGAUACGAAGGGUUCUCAUCUCUGGUUGGUCAAGAAGUGGUAUUGAAAUGUUUGCAGGUUGGUGAAGAAAAUGUUCAUCCAUGAUAAGUGACCUCGGAAUUGGGUAAUACUGGCCACAUGUAAUUUGGUGUACAAUAAUCACUGUAUAAAUUGUGGUUUUUAAGCCAUCCUGGAACCUGGUAUCUGGAUGACUUCAUUGCAAAUGCUCGAAUAAACCAUG